AUGUUAGAAAUUCGUGAAGAGACAAAAAGCGAGUCUUCUUUCUUCAUAAGCACAACUCACAUGCUUGCAGCAAUUCAAGAGACCCUUCUUCAAAUUAAUCAGAACCCGUUUCUGAUUCACACUCAGAGGCUGGAUGCUUAUACAUUUAUAUCACUGGCAUUUUUGCAUUCUUUCGUCUCACCUGAUGCCCAAGGAGAUGCAUUAUAUGCUUUGAAGGGUUCACUAAAUGCUGUUCAGCUCAUUGAUUGGAAUCAGAAUCUAGUCAAUCCAUGCACUUGGUCCAAAGUUAUCUGUGACAGUAAUAACAAAGUUGUCACCUUGUCACUGACUAAUAUGGGAUUCUCCGGAACCUUGUCUCCAAGAUUAGGGGUUUUGACGACCCUACAGUCACUAUCAUUGCAAGGAAAUGGUAUAACUGGUAAGAUACCUGAGGAGUUUGGAAAUUUGACAAGUUUGACGAUGUUGGAUCUGGAAAAUAACCGUUUAACUGGAGAAAUACCAAAUUCCCUUGGCAACCUAAAGAAUCUCACUUACUUGAUUAUAAGUCAAAACAAUCUCACGGGAUCAAUUCCUGAAUCACUGUCAAAUCUUCCAAACUUGGUUAGCAUUCAGCUUGCUUCGAAUGAUCUGAGUGGCCAAAUACCUGAGCAAUUAUUUCAGGUUUCCAGAUACAAUUUUACAGGGAACCACUUGAACUGUGGUAUCAAUUCUGCCCACCGUUGUGAAUCUGAUGUUGGAGAUAAAUCACAUAAAUCAAAGACUGGCGUGAUUGCUGGGGUUGUUGGUGCGCUCAUAGGUAUUCUUAUUCUUGGGGGCUUUUUCCUGUUCUGCAUAUGGAAGGGUAGGCACGGAGGCUACAGGCGUGAAGUUUUUGUAGAUGUUGCAGGUGAAGUUGACCAGAGAAUUGAAUUUGGGCAAUUGAAAAGAUUUGCAUGGAGAGAGUUGCAACUCGCUACAGACCACUUCAGUGAAAAGAAUGUUCUUGGACAGGGAGGUUUUGGGAAGGUUUAUAAAGGAAUGCUUGGAGAUAACACGAAAAUUGCUGUUAAACGUUUGACUGAUUUCGAGAGUCCUGGUGGCGAUACAGCAUUCCAGCGUGAAGUUGAGAUGAUAAGCGUGGCUGUUCACAAAAAUCUUUUACGAUUGAUUGGAUUUUGCACUACACCGACAGAACGCCUUCUGGUUUAUCCCUUUAUGCAAAAUUUAAGUGUUGCCUCUCGUCUACGAGAGCUCAAACCUGGGGAGCCUGUUCUCGAUUGGUCUACUAGAAAACAUGUGGCAUUGGGCACAGCACGUGGAUUGGAGUACCUUCAUGAGCAUUGUAAUCCUAAAAUUAUUCACCGGGAUGUUAAAGCUGCUAAUGUCCUGCUGGAUGAAGAUUUUGAAGCAGUUGUCGGCGAUUUUGGCUUGGCAAAGUUAGUUGACGUGAGAAUGACUAAUGUUACAACUCAAGUUCGUGGUACAAUGGGUCACAUUGCUCCUGAAUACUUGUCGACCGGAAAAUCAUCAGAAAAGACGGAUGUUUUUGGCUAUGGGAUCAUGCUUUUAGAGCUUGUAACAGGCCAGCGGGCCAUAGACUUCUCACGCUUGGAAGAAGAAGAUGAUGUUUUGCUGCUUGACCAUGUUAAGAAACUGCAAAGGGAGAAAAGUCUGGAUUCUAUCAUAGAUCGCAACCUAAAUGGAAACUACAUCAUCCAAGAAGUCGAGAUGAUGGUUCAGGUUGCAUUGCUCUGUACUCAAUCAUCACCAGAAGAUCGCCCAGCAAUGUCGGUUGUUGUCCGAAUGCUUGAAGGAGAAGGGCUUGCAGAGAGGUGGGAAGAGUGGCAACACACGGAAGUGACACAGAGGCACGAGUACGAGAGAUUGCAGAGAAGAUUUGAAUGGGGAGACAAUUCAAUUCAAGAUCAAAGUGCUAUUGAGUUGUCUGGAGGACGAUAA